AUGAAGUUGGUCGUGCUCUGUGUUUUGUGUGGAAUCGCUUUUGCAGCACCCAGACAAAAGCGCCUCACUGUGGGCACGAUCUCCGUUAGUGGAGGAGUCGGUGGUUCCACAGGAUGUGUAGUAACUGGUAAUGUGCUUUAUGCAAAUGGAUUCCGCCUACGUGAACUCACUUCAUCAGAACAACAGGAAUUGGUAAACUAUGAGAAGCAAUUGGCUGAUUAUAAAGAGGCCGUGAAGAAGGCCCUCAAGGAACGUCAGGAAAGCCUAAAAGCCCGCAUGGCUGGUAAGAAGGAGAAAGCUGUGACGCCUAAGGAGGAGGAUCUUCCUAAAGCACCAGAGAAGCCAUCAUUCUGCACUGAUGAUGACACUACUCAAUUCUACUUCGAUGGAUGCAUGGUUCAGGGCAACAAGGUCUACGUUGGUAACACAUUCGCCCGUGAUCUGGAUCACAACGAAAUUCAAGAGCUGAAGGAAUUCGAGAAAAAACAGACGGUCUACCAAGAAUACGUUCAGAAGCAGAUCCAACAGCAAGUAACCAACCUAUUUGGUGGUGCUGACUUCUUCUCGUCCUUCUUCAACAGUGCAUCAAAGGAUGCUACUACCACCACGGUAGCUCCAGCUCUUCCCGAUGAUGCACCCGAACAACCACCUGUGCCUAACUUCUGUACGAGAAUCUAUUGA